GUUCACACUGUCGCAAAAACCGCAAACUCUGCUGAAAAGCGUUUGAAAUGAAGAGGACACAGAACAACAACAAGGUGCAUUAAAGUUGUCAGAUACUUCACAGAUCGAGUCUCAGCGGGCUUCAAGAUCCACAUGGCAACGUUCAGCGGAGAAGGAAUAAACCACCUGUUAGUAGAAGUGAGUCCUGACAUCCACAUCUGUGGCUUCUGCAAACAGCAGUACAACAACUUUGAACACUUCUUUGCACACAAGCAAAACUGCUGCCAGAUCCCGUCGACUCAUAUAUCAUCCCGAAACGCUGGGCCCAGUGAGUCAUUUCAGACAUGUGUACCAAAAGUCAAGAAGACCCUCACCAAAGCCCAGAAAGCCCCCUCCAAAAAGCUGAAACCUGCACUAAGUCAAAAAAGACACACAUGCACAUUCUCAGGUUGUACAUUCAAAACUCAGUAUGGCCAAAAAGACAUGGAGAGACAUAUUUUAACACACACUGGUGAGAGGCCUUUCGAGUGUGAACUCUGCCAUAAACGCUUUAGUCGUCGCGAUAAGCUGAAUCUUCACAGCCGUUUGCACACGGGAGAGAAACCGCACAAGUGUAAGUACUGUCCGUACGCAGCGGCCGACAGCAGUAGCCUGAAGAAGCAUCUCCGCAUCCACUAUGAUGAGAGACCCUUUAAGUGUCAGAUAUGCCCUUACGCCAGCCGCAACUCCAGCCAGCUGACCGUUCACCUCCGAUCUCACACAGGUGACGCCCCGUUCCAGUGCAAUCAAUGCGAUGCCAAAUUCAAGAUCAACUCCGACCUUAAGCGCCAUAGUCGGGUUCACUCCGGCGAGAAGCCUUAUAAGUGUGAUCUCUGCGAAUAUCGCUGUGCGAUGAAGGCUAAUUUAAAAUCCCACGUGCAGCUGAAACACAGCGCCUCGGACUCCUUCCGCUGCUCAAAAUGCGAAUUCCAGUGCUCCGCCAAAGCUGCUCUGCGACACCAUUCCCGCCAGCACCAGCCGGCCCAGCCUUUGCAGUGCAGCGAGUGCAGUUACUCCUGCUCAAGCAAGGGGGCGCUCAAGAUCCACGAGCGCGUGCACUCAGACGAACGACCCUUUAAAUGCGAGCACUGUUCAUUUGCUAGUAAGCAGCGCAGUAAUUUGUUAAUUCACAGGAGGAAGUGUCACGCAGAUAAACUGGACAAGCAGGGUAAGUCUGGAAGAGAACGCGAAACGGGGGAGGAGCCUCCGAAACCUCUCAGCUCGCGUUACCGAGCGAGACUGGAAGCAGCACGAGCGUUUCGUUGUGACUUGUGCGAGGCUUCAUUCGUCAGGGAAGACUCUCUUCGCAGCCACAAGAGGCAGCAUAACAGUAAAAUACAACAACAAAGUCAAACUGUUACCAAUCAACCAGUACAAACAGCGGGACAAACCUCCGUCACAGCCGACACACCGUCUUCCUACAACACGACACAUCUUAAGAUCAUCAUGGCGCCCUCUAUAGGACCGGAGGCUACUUUUGUCCAAGCUGCCACUGGAAAGGCUGGAGCCAUUCUACUCAGUCCAGAGGAUCACAACGUGCUUUUGAACCCCGUAAUACAGCACGUCAACAUGCUAGCGCCAGAGUCCGGCCUCGAGCACCAAACGGUUUUACUCACUCAGAUCGACUCCAGUGAAACAAGCCCUCAAACCAGUACCCAUAACUUCAUCGCCUCGUGUUCUGCGUCCGCUUCCGACGGCACACACACCUUCAUAACAUCCUGUUCUGACCUGGAAAGCCUCCACAAGCUCAUCCAGGAGGGUGGGACUGAGGUUACGGUGGUAACGGAGACGAAUCCAGCGAUUGCCACCCCAAAAGAACCCCUGAACAUUGAUGGUUCCUCGUCUCAGGACAUUUCUGAGCACGCUGAAGAUAGUUUAGAUAUGGGUCCACCUGAAACCAUUCUUGUUCAAAGUCUCCCUCUGUCGAUUUCAACACAGGAACAGGACCAACUGUCUCCACACCAUUUAUUUUCAGACUCCAAUACGGUGGACAUCAGUGAUUCGUAGUUUUAUGCGCGAAUAACGAGAUUCCACUGUGAUGUUGACUUUAAUUAGGCUAGACACCAUAUUGAAUUAAAUACGGGUUAAAAUGAGACUGUGAGGAUUGGACUUAGAGUUUUAUAAUGGCACGCACUAUAUAAAGGCCCUAGAUUUUGUAAUUUUCCCAACUUUACAUGCUUUUUUUUCUACUUUAAGUUUCUUUGUUAAGGCGUUUCGUCAACUGGGCAGUUGGUAUUUCAUUAAACAACAAUACAAUCCAUUGAAUGCACUUUACUUCUAUUCCUCACAGCCCCAUUUUCAUUCACAUCAAAAAUUAAAUAUGGUGUUGUCCUGAUGAAGGUCUGACAUGAAGAUAAAAUUAACUGUUUGUUUGGUUAAUUUCCUGUUUCUUUAUCCAACUAAUGCUUUGUUCAUGUUGUGUUGGAAUUACUUUAAUUAUAACAAUUAUAAACCUCAGAAAUGUUUCAGUGUUCAUCCAAAAUGGAUCCAUGUGGAAGUUUGUUGGAGAAAACAAAAGCGCACAUAUUAACACCUGUAAAAAUAGUGUUGAGAUUAAAACCUUGUUAACUUGUUGUUAACUGUGCAAACUGCUGCCAUUUUGGUUCAAUCAUGCACAUUGGUGGGAGAAAUCAGAGCUUUCACAAAAUUAAGAGUGGGAACUUAAAAUUAAGAGUUUGAAAAAGACAUGAAUGGAUCUUACAUUGGAAAAUGUGUAAUUAUUGCAAUUAAUUCUGACAAGAGCUGAAUGCAGCAUCAUUUAUAAGGUUGCCAUGUUGGAUCAGGGAGUCAUUGUUUCAUUUUCAAGUUAUCCAUCAAAUCAAAAGUAGACAAAGUAUGUUUUUCUCCCUCUAUUUUACAGUGAAAUAAACAUUCUUCUUUUUAAAUAAGA